CCCUUCUCCGAUGUCUCAGCACCUGCAACAUGUCUCAAUUGAUGGGGAAUGCCAUGUCUUCGACUACUCUGUAGAACAUACACAACUCUACCUUGGUUUGUUAGACGUCUUUGACGCCACAGCGUGACCACGCACAAUGACUUACACGCUGAGGCGGUACAAACACACAGUCGAACCCGAACAAUGUUCUUGUUGUUUAAUAAAAGAUUUCCUCCCUCCCGUAAUUGCGUCGACUUCGGGAAAAAAAAAGAUCCUAGAAACGCUCAUGUGAAUAAAAAAUUCCAAAAGAAGACCUCAAAGUUGAGCAAACCAUGCAUUCGCAACGAAAACCAUUAACCACACGACCAGCAGCCCUGAAUGCACUCUAUUCCGGUCCUAAAAUCAACUCCUUCCGCUCCCUCACUGAACCCGAGAUCAAAACAUUCUGUCAAGUCCUACGCGGCCCAGCGUUUCCAUGCACUCCAACCGAAAAGCAGAACCACGACAGAAUGAUAAAGAACCGCUUGAAUCAACUAGACCAGCGAUUCCUCCGCCCUCACCGCACCUUUUCCCUACUAAACCAAAAGGUAAGUAGAACUACCAGCAGCACCAGCAGUAGUAGUACCAGUGUCCAACAACAACCACUAUCACCACCGCCAUUGUGCAAUCUACACAAACCCCUCCACGCCCCUCUAAUUCACUCCAUCUACACGUUCAUCCAGCACGAACUAGAUUCCAAAAUCGGCACGUUCCUCUUCCCGAUCCUCACUCACGCCCAACCCCCCUCACCUUCUUCUACUAUAAAGCAAACCAGCAGCAAUACCACCACCGUAACGCUCUCCCCCGAUAAAAUCCUAGCAGCCCGCCGCCUCGAACCAGCCCUCCAACUCACCCACCCAACCUACACAGUCUCAGCCGCGACCCCACAGGGACACCCACCACUC